UACCCCUCGAUUUCAAUGGAGCUUGCAGAUAAAGAAGUCGGGCUUCUUCUAACUUCCAUUAGCAUCUCACUUUUCACUUACUACACUUUCUGGGUCAUCAUUUUGCCAUUUGUGGAUCAGGAUCAUUUCAUUCACAGGUACUUUCUACCCCAAGAGUUUGCUAUCUUGAUACCGGUGUUUGCCGGCGUCGCGCUUCUCAGUUUCUUUUGCGUCUUUGUUGGCUAUGUCAUGCUCAAAUCUAAUAAUAAGAAGAAGACACUAGUAGAAAAUCACGUAUUCUCCAUCUGUCGCGUCCUCCACUCCAUCGCCCUCAAGCUCCACCCCCUCCCCAAUCCCUUCAGUUUGUAUUAUCCAUGGGGAUAUUGA